CCGACUUUGAUCUCACGUUGCCUCUUCCCACGCAACUUGAAGAAGCAUAGCCACUAGAAAAACAAUGCUGCCCACUUUAUUUCAUUUCACGCUGUUUCUCCUUUCCUUUAAUACUGCUGGAGGUUCCUUUGCUCGUAAUACUGGUGGUACGUCCAAGAGCGCUGCAGGUGACAGAAAGGUGGUCGUCUCUCCUGAAAUGUCUACAGGACCGAAUGGAGAAACCGGUUCCAAUUCAGGAGCUACUGGUUCCGAACAUGGGCCUAACUGGGACUAUAAUUGGGGGUGGGGUUCUAGUCCAAAUGAAGGAUGGGGUUACGGGUCUGGCUCGGGCCGGUCACAUAAUGGGUUCGGGAGAGGUUUUGGGUAUGGGUUUGGUUCUGGAAGCGGGUCCGGAUCAGGGUAUGGUUAUGGGUCUGGAAGUGGUGGCGCUCAAGGUGGCGGGUAUGGUGCUGGAAGUGGGUCCGGUAAUUCUGCUGGUGGUGGCAUAGGUGGAGGAAGUGGCGGUGGUAGAGGUUCUGGGUAUGGGUUUGGUCCAGGAAGCGGGCCGGGCUCAGGUUUUGGGUAUGGGUUUGGUCCUGGAAGCAGGCCGGGCUCAGGGUAUGGUUAUGGGUCUGGAAGUGCUGGCGCUGAUGGUGGCGGGUAUGGUGCUGGAAGUGGGUCCGGUAAUUCUGCUGGUGGUGGCAGGGGUGGAGGAAGUGGCCGUGGCUUUAAUGGCUAUGGGACACACUCACCAUCCGACUCCCGACGAAGAACCAACCAUGGGUGAUGGAGUUGGCUUGGAGUCCAUGCGUGCAGGUCUUUGUUAGGCCAAGCGUGAUGUUUCUCUCUGCGUAUUUGUAGUGUCUGCAUGGCGUGUAAGCUAUCUUGAUAUGGUGCAUAGCUUGAGAGAGUUUGCACCAUAUUUUAUCAUUUACUGCAUAUAUGGAUAUGCUUUUAGUGAUAUAACUAUGUUUAUUUUGCUCUUACAAAUAUAUAUAUGAAAAACCAGUCAUUUUCUUA